CUUCUACUAGGACAGAGAAAAACACAAUAAACUACAUCUCACAACAAGUUGCAAGAACGAAAAUGGAAUUAUCAAUAUAGGAGAUGAAAAAUGAAUAUGUUGACUUAAUCGCUGCUCUCCGUCACAUUAAUAGCAUAAAGUGAUGCCGGACGAGGAGGAGGAGGCCGCCGCCGCGGCCACCGCGGAGGGGACGAAGGAGAAGAAAAAGCGAUCGGGGAGUGCGGAGGGGGAGAAAAAGAAGAAGAAAUCAUCCAAGGAGAAAGGAGAAGUUAUGUGAAAUUUGUCUUCUGCUCCUUAGGACCACGUUAUUCCAGUUAGAGUUUGUCUUCUUAGGACGUUAGGAUAAGUACUUGUAUGCACUGUAGCUGUACAGGAGUUUAUUCUAGGUCUUUGUCCUUUCAUGCUCCUCUACGCUGACUCCUGUUGAUUGACGUUGCUGUUGGGUUGGCUAUUGGAAAUGCCGACCAACGCUACUUCUAGUACUGCUAGCAUGAACUGCUUGUGCGACUAGUAACCUCUAAGCACAAAGAACAGGCAGAAGGGGAGAAGAAAAAGAAGAAAUCGUCAAAGGACAAAACCGCAGAUGUAGCAGAAGACGCUAGUCCUUUAUGGCGGAUACAAUUAAAAGCAAGAAUUCUCGAGAUUGAGAGAUGAGUAAGUACGUGUUCUCUCAGAAUCAUAAGUGUCUGUUGACAGCGGUAAUUUUGUCAACACUUCUUGUCCUUAAAUAUACAAAUAUGCUCCCGUCUGGUCAGGAUCAUCGUUAGUGCCCUUCUUCAUAUCACGGGGAAAAGAAGAAAAAGAAGAAGAAGAAGGAAAAGGAAGAUGGUGGAAAGGAGGAGGAAGCAGAGGCAGCUGCAGCGCCAGCAGAAGGCGCGGGAGACGAGGUAGGAGAAGGAGGUGACGCGCCGCCAAGAGAUACGGAGACAGCAGACAAGAAGGAGGAAGAAGCGGCUCCCGAAGGAGGCGAGAAUGAGGAAGGAGAAGGGGGUGUUAUGGUACUUACUUAGAAGAUGGUAGACUCUUAUUCAUUUUUAUUCAAUGUGAUAGUUUUCGAAGAUCUUCUUUUUUGAGAAAAGAUUUUAAAGUGCUAGGUUUCAGCUGCAUAUGGAUCUACGUACAAAGCAUUCUACAUGCAGACAACAACAACAUCCUUGGGUUAGUCUCUAUCUAGAAUACAUGUAGAUAACAAGGAGAAGGGGGUGUUAUUGUAGAAGAUGGUCUAGACUCUGAUUCAACGUGAUUGUCUUCGAUCUCCAGUUUUGAGAGAAUUUUUGAUUAGGUUUCAGCGCAGUGAUCUACGUAGGCAUCCCACAUCUAGAGAACAUGAACAAGAGCAAUUUCUCCUCCAUCACAUUAAAUCUCUAUCUUGGCUAAUCUUCUAGUGAUCUUCUAACCAAAAGAACGCACCAGUGGCCGAAGCCGAUGAUGCACCUGCUGCAGAGGGAGAAGCAGCGGCUGAAGCGGGAGAAGGAGUCGUGGAUGCUGGUGAAGAGCAGCCUUGUUGUGAUGUACAACCAGAAUCUGCGGAACCUAAGCAAGAGAAUGAGGAACAGCCAAGAAUAGGAGUCGAAGAUGAGGCAGCUCCAGAGGCUGCGGGAGAUCAAGAAAUAUGGAGACUCGUUUGUAGUACUUUGAUCUCAAGAAAAGUAAACUUGGCACAUCGAUCAAAACUGAGCUAAGAGCCCGGGGGGCUCCAUGUGAAGGAUCCCCAACGACCUCACCUAACCUAAGUACGAUGCUAAGAAGAUGAUCGCUAGGAGAGAUUAUUUGCCUGUUUUUGCUAACACCACAAGAAGCUGGGGAGCCGACUGUCGUAGCGUUGGAUGAAGUUCCAGAAGGGGAGAUAAACGUUUCAAUGCCUGGACCGACGGAUAAGAUAAUCCGGACUUUGCAAGACGCAAUACAAGCUCUGACGGAAGGAACGCAUUUAGUGGAGGAUGACUUGUAAAGUAGAGGAUAAACUUUUUUAGUACCGUUGUGCAGUUGUAGAGGAUGACUUGUAAACUUUUUUAGUACCGUUGUGCAGUAGAGGAUGACUUGUACUGUACUUCUGGUUGUUUCUUUGGUGUAGGAUGAUUUGUACUGUACUUCUAAGUACUUAGUUGUUUCGUCUUAUGUACUUUUGAUAUAGUACGGAGGAAAAGGAUCUAUCAUGUCAUGGAAUGUUUUGUUGUAAUAGAAUGCGAGUGAACAACAAACCAUCUUACCUAAUUUACCUAAGCCUAGCCACUCUAGUCCUCAAAGUUCACUCAAUUGCACCGCCUACCACAGCCAGCGACAAGAGCUUUUGACGAAGCAGCAGCAACUACGGCAACAUUGUAUCGAUUUACAGCUUCUGUCAGGUGGAUCGAGGUCACAACCUAUGGCCGAGCAACCAGUGGGACUGGGGGAGACGGCUGGCGUCACUGCAACAAACGUCAUCAGACCUGAGGACUAUUUAAGACGGAAAGUUUCUUCAUUUUUGCGUGCAUGGAAAUGCAUCUCGUAGUCUUCAAGUAGAUGCAGUAAAUGCACCGUACUAGUACAACUGGCUACUUGGCUUCUUGCGAAAAAUUAGCUUUUUGGUAUAAGAAAGAAUGAAACUACAGACGACAGCCACAUGAGUCAUUUCUCAAUGUGAGAAUACUAGGAAUUCUAAUCCACGGCAACGAGGAUCUGAGGCAACUGGUCGAGGGGCUGGAAAGAAUGGGAUCACAGUCGCCACUUUUGCGCAGUUUAGCCGAGCCUGGGAGUCUAACGUCUCUAGUUAUGGAGGAGUUGUCUGGAUAUUUUGACUGUCGCAAGGGAGAUGUUCAAAAGUUCAUUUGAGGAGGACUGCAUUUAUCUUUUAAAAUAGUCCAAGUUAGUAUCUGAGUCUGUUGUCACAGGACUCAGGGAAAACGAAUAUCCUCGCUUGUAAGACAAAUAUCCUCGAAGACACUUACUACAUCAUACAGUGCCCCCUCAUGUCUUCAUAUCUAAUCUCGAUGCAGACCCUGCUAGCAUAGGGCAGCAGGGCUAUAUCGGAAUGGCCGGUGAAGAACAGAGGCCCCCAAGCGUUGCAAGUAGUGAGUUUGAGCGAGAACUAGACCAUGUGCGAGGGAUAAGACGAAAGAUGGAUCUUGCAAAAAAUGGAAAGUUAUGCUUAGAAAGUUUAUAGAGAACAAUAGAAUCUAAGUUUAUAGAGAUCUUGUAAAAUGGAAAAUUUAUAGACAUCGGAGAAUGUCUCCAUUUAUAGAGAACAAUAGAAUGGAGACUUUGAUGAACCCCGUCAUAGACAGCACUGGCUGCUACUUUAUUCUAAUGCCAAACGUAGUCGACUACGCACCGGAGGACGCAGCAUGGUACGAAAUAGACGACGCGGAAAGAGACGUUGUAGACCUUCGAAGAAUGAGGCGGCAAAUACGGUGUCUAUUUUAUGCGGGAAGGUAAUUCUGAUCUAUGCAUAGGGUUGGCCAGCAACAAGGCGGAUCUAUGUUCCAGGGCUCGGCGCUGAAGGCCCCCCCGAUCUAACUUUUUGAGAGGCGGGCCUCCCAGCGCCCACCACCUUCGAAGAAGGUGGCACAUCAAUCAAUCAAUCAAUCAAUCAAUCAACACGCCACUCUCUUUCAUAUCCUCGGGACGCAAGGAACGACGGCAAGUUCUAUCGAUCCGGCGCCACAGCUCUCAAAUCUCAAGUUAUGGCUCGAUUUCAUAUUUUAGUGUUGAAGGCCUUUUUUUGAAUUUGGUCUCCUCUAAUCCAUGGCCCAAGAUUUCCGGAUUCGCCAUCGAGUUCCGUGAAUGAUGCGGAGGCGAUAUUGAAGUACUGAUAUUAUAUUUUUUGGUCAUUUGGUUUGGCAUUGGUAUUUCCUUACACAUCUUCCUUAUCUUCUAUAUAAUGUAGCUUCGAUAUUCCCAUAUUACUUUUAGAAGGUCGUCUUGUAAAAAGUCGAAGCAAGUAAAUAUCUUCGAAGCUGCUCGUUUACCUUGUAUAUUACAUCAGGGCGCAGUCAUUAUUCGAGGAGUAUGGGAGGUCACCUACAGCAGGCGUUUAUCCAGCUGUGCAUACGCGUGUGAAAGGAGGAGGUACUCUACUUUCGUGAUAGAGUUUUUUGUAUUUCACUUUUUACGUUUACGUUUUUCACUUGUCACUUCUUACGUCAGAGUACACUUUCUCUCGUACUAUUAUAUUUAUAACUUCUGAUAAAUAUAACCUGGUGAUUAUAGCUCUUACUUUCUCUUCAAACACAAACACUCUCACAGGUUCGUCAGGCCCACAGAAGAAUAUAGACUCUAUACUAAAAAACGCUGGCCACAACUGGGCGGAGGAGGUAGUGAAAGCGGCGGUUCAGCCUGGGAAUCAGUGGAAUUUUGCGCAGGGAAGACAAGAGGCUAGAGCGGUACUAGUCUACCUCAGAAGUCCUCUUAGAAGUUUGAUGAACAAGAGGAAAUGGGAGUCAAGUACUUAACAAUUUUGAUUGAGUCAGACGAGUUUUUAUUUUUGACAAGAACUUCGAUAGUUUAUGAGACAGAAAAGAUACAAAUGCAGGUGGCCAAACGGAGUUAUGUAGCGGACCUAGGCCCUUCGGAGCCGUCAACAGCGUGGCUGGGUGCUGCUGUCCAGGAAUUCAAGCGUGCCUAUGGAGACAAAAGUGCGUCGAAAGUGAUGAAUCUCGGCGUUAUGGGUGGAUUGUUCUUUAGACAAACUAGUUGAAAGCGAUGAAUGUCGGGUUUCGGAUUUGAGUAGUAGACGGUCAGGAGAUAACUCUUAAUCUUACGUAUUUGGACUGAAUCAAUUCCAGACUACGCUGUAUUGAUGAUCGUCUAAUGAACGCAAUAGGCAGUAUAUCGGAGAUCUUGCUUACGGAAAACCAGACGGCCAUGGCGUUCUCGUUCUAGCAGACGGGUCGCAACAUGUGGGCACGUUUAAGGUACUUCUAUCAAAGGUUCUUCUUGGUGUUCAAGGCUUCUAUGGUUUACGUGAGGAUAUGGACCCGACGCAUUAUGAUACUUGUUGCCUAGUUCUUACGACCACUCCAAACUCUGGCAGACCUGAGACAGCAAUCACCAUCAUCACAGGGCGGCCGAGCGAAUGGGAAAGGAGUCUUUCUUAGCACGAGAGGUAGUGUGCUUUACGGAGAGUGGGCAGAAAAUCGGCGGGUUGGGACCUUCAAUAUCCUCGACCAUAACGGAAACACUUACAUAGAGAGGUACUCAUCAUCAUUUUACGAUGGCAAUACUGAUCAUAACGGAAACACUUACAUAGAGAGGUACUCAUCAUCAUUUUACGAUGGCAAUUCUUGGUUUAGAAAGGUAUACUAGUUCUUCCGCAGUAUGCUUUUUUUACGACUCUCAGACUGUGACUUUUUAUUGAAGUAUAUUUGUUUUACGACUCUGCUCAGACUGAGACUUUUUCGUGAAGAUACCCCUUCAGCCUGAGAGGGUAGACUCCGAAAAAAAUUGAGAAAUGAGCACAAUUCUAUCUUUUGUAGGUAUGAACUUGGAGAACGAGUGUCACGGGAAAAAGGCGAGGCAGUCGGGAUCGCUUCAAGCCUGUGUAUACGAUGCCAAAGCCGAUACUAUCCCUUAAGGCUUAGAGGGAAGUACAGCUAUUAGAGGGAAGUAGGGGACCUGCGUUACUUUUUUUUAAGAUUCGAAGUUAAGUACUAGCAUUAUUUUUUUUUAAGAUUCUUUUCUUCUAACUUUUGACUUCAACCACCUAUUUGGGUGCAGAACCUUGAGGAAAGGCACAACAGAAGCGGCGAAUAGCGAGGACCCUGAGUGGGUUUACACGACUCACACGACUUUCGUUUCCUGA